GUUUACCCUAGCAAUGAUGGCGCCUGCUGUAAAGCUUGCUGCAAAUUAUAAAUAAUCGUAUAGCUAACUAAUUGAACGAUAAACCUGAAUUUGUAAGUGAAUGCAAUCCUAGACAACUCAGAUGGCACCAAUAGAUUGGUCAGCCAUAGAGGCUGUCAAUGUAUCUUCAAUACCAGAGGACAAAGCUGAUGAGCUGUUUGAACUGCUAAAGGAUGGCAAGUUGGGAGAUGAUUUUGACAUCCCCAAAAUUAGAAAAGCAUUUGAUGUCUGCAAGGCCGUAAUGAUCAACAGAAACCAGUUGCUAGAAGAUGCUAUGAAUGAAGCAGAGCUGGAAGCAAAAAAAGCAUUAAAAAAAGAACAAGAGCUGAAAAAAGAGCUAGAAAAACUUGAAAAACAAAAGGAUGAACUACAGAAAUAUGGUCCUGAGGGAGGCGGCUCAAGAGACACGAGAUACCUCAGGGACCAAUUGAGAGAGCUGGAGGAAACCAACGACCAAUUGAAACAAGAGGUCAAGGACUUAAACAGGGAUCUCAAUGGAGAGAAAAGGGCGGCUGAGAAAUACAGUGAAAGGAUCAAUGAACUUGAAAAGGAGCUGAAGGAAACCAGAGAAGAUAAUGACCAAAUGCGUCAGGAUAUCAGUGACUAUAAGAUGCAGAUGCAAACACAGAGGGACAGCAUUGUCUCCAGGCGUGGUGAAGAUGCUGAGUACAGAGAUAAGCUGGCCAAGAAGAACAGGGAACUGGCUGAAACUAUGGAGGAGCUGCAGAAUGUAACAGAUGCCAACGACCUGCUUCAGAAGAGGUGUGAGGAUCUCCAGAGGAACUUGGAAGAUGCCAUUCAGCAGAUGGAUCGUACAUCUGAAGAUUACCUUAAGCUAAAGAAUGUCCUCCAACAAAGUGAUGCUGUGACAGAUGCCCUAAGGGAAGAGAAUGAGAUCCUCAAGAACCAACUCCAAGACCUAACUGAGCAGGUCCAGUCCAAAGGGGAAGCUGAUGAUGCCAUCAUGGUGGCGGUCAACCAAAAGGUGGACGAGUGGCAGGAAAUAAUGCAAGAGAAAGACAUACAGAUAUCAGAACUGCAGGAGCAGCUGUUUAGGAUGAAGGAACAGCUGAUUGCUGCCAACAUGGACUCUGAUAAGGUGUCUGUUUCAGCUCUAAGUGAGGUUUUGAAAGAUAAAGAUAAGCAGAUUGUAGAGUUGACAGAAAAAGUCGACCAAUGCACCCUAGAGAUGGAGAAAAAUGCUGCUUUGAUAGAUGACCUUAACAGUGAGCUUCACAAAGCUGGCACCUCCCAAGGGGAUCGUCUUCAGACCAAACUCAGAGAGUUACAAAAUGAAAAUAAAAUAUACUUGGAGCGUAUUAAGCAUGCAGAGGAAGACAUCAAAAAGGCUGAUGAUGAUUGCCGAACAAAGGACAAAGAACUCAGUGAACUGUUGGAAAGGAUGAGACAGUAUGAAUCUGGAGAAUAUGGUUUGUCAGAGGCUGUCACAGAAAUUAAAGAAGGGAAAAAUCAGAUCAAGAUUAGAGAAAGAGAAAUUGAAGAGCUGACUUCAUACAUCAACAAAGCUGAGCUGAAGAUUAAUGAGCUGCUGGAUGAAAACGAAGAACUCCGGUACAAGCUUGGCAUGGAUCCUAAAGAACCUCUGGACCUGACAGAGUUCCGCAAAAAUAAAGCCAUUCGGCAGGAGGAGAUGAAGGCCUUGAACUUCACACUUCAAAGAGAGAUUGAAUUGUUGGAGGAGGAGAGAAUUGAAGACAAGAAGAAAAUCAGAAAAAUGGCUCAGCAGCUUGGGCAAAGGGCAGUAACUCUUGGUCUAACAGCAGAAGAUAUGUUGCUAGUUCAAGACUACACAGAAACACUUAAAGCAAAAAACCGUGUACAGGAUGAAAAACAAUCAGCUGCUUCAAUCAUAAGGCAACAGGUUCAGAGGGAAGAAAGUAUGAUACGGGGAAAAGAGUGGGAUAAAGAUUACAAAGAAAACAUCCUAGAACUGAACAAAUUAGAAAAACAAGUUGCUGAGUUGCGAGCAGUAAACCAGCAACUGAACAAAGACAACGAAAGCUUGGAGGCAGGUUUUAAGGAAGUGAUGGAGGCUAUGAAGCGAGGUGGAGCAGUGGGGAAGGACCAGGACUCUGAUGCUAGUAGUGGUGGGAUGCAGUUCCCAGCAAUUGAAAGAAUGUUAGCUGCUAUUGAGGCAAAGAAAGUUCUGGGUAACUAUGACACAACAUAUUUCCUGAAAGAACAAGUGGACGUGCUCAAAGGACGGAACGAGGAGCUGAGAAACGCCAUGAGAGAAAUCAGAGUGGAGGCCUCAAAGGCAGCUCUGGAAAGAGACAAGGCUUUUGAAAGGAUAGAAAAAUUGGAAAAGGAUCAUUUCACUGUGGGUGAGCCUGGCUCGGGGGGUGCUAUGUUUCACCUGAUGAAACUCCCUCAGGGAAUGGAGCCAUCCAGUGCUGAUGUCAUAGCACAGUUGAACGAACACCUGAUCAUAACAUUACAGGAGUUGUCACAGAGGGAAGAGCUCUUGAAAAAAGUGGAGGCCGCAUUACAAAACUAUAAACGUAAAUACGCUGUUAUCCGCCACCAACAGGGCUUGUUGUACAAAGAACAUCUAGAAAAGAAAAAGGUUUGGGAAGAAGAUGUAGAGAAACAUUCUAAAAAACUGAAAGAGCUUCAAGGCCAGAGAGAAGAAGAUAUGGUUAAGAUUCAGGAAUUUGAUCGCCUGGUUGAAACACUGGCCACGGAUGAUGUGGAGGUGAGGAGAAGGUUGUCUGAAAUGACCCGAAGGAUCACAGUCCUGCGUGUGAAUGAAAAGGCUUUGACUAGAAGAUACACUACAAUGGAGGAGAUAGAAGCCUCGCUUAGAAGGGAAGUAAACAGACAGAGAAAUGAGAUGGGCCAGAUGGAGGCUGCUGUGUCAGAGAGGAUUGGAUACCUGCAGAGAUAUAAGGAUAUGGCAGCCUUUAAAAUAGCUGCCCUGCAGAAGGCUUUAGAUGAUUCAGUGCCAUCCAUAGAGCUUGACAAGGUGAACAAACAGUAUCACAACCUGACAGAGAAAUACAGGGACCUGCUGGAGAAAGGCAACUCACUGGUGACCAGAGCUGAAGCCUUGGAGGGGCUGGAGGGAGAGGUCAAACAGCUGACAGAGAGUAAUGAAGUGUUAAAGAAAACUUUAGAAAUGGAAAAAGAAAAACUACAUGCACUUGAGGCAGCUAUGGAAGAGUUACAUAGAAGAGGUGUCACUAGUGGCACUGAUGUGUCAGUGACAGAUGGUGACAUUAUAUCCAUCUCAAAGAAGAUCACAAUGUUGGAAAUGAAAGAGUUGAACGAAAGACAAAGGGCAGAGCACUCCUCUCGCAUGUAUCACCAGCAGAGACAAAUUCUUCAUGAUUUGGAAAGUAGAAAUAAAGAAUUGGAGGAAAAGUUUGCUGAAGUUACAAAAAUGAAUUUGGAGAUGCAGACUAUAGAAAGAGAUUUAAGAGAUGAGCUGAGUAAUUCCAUACCCAAGAGUGUCAGCGACGCAGACAGGAAGAGGAUUUCACAGCUGGAAGAAACGGAGAUGACUCUGAAACAGGAAAUCUCUAAGCUCAAGGAUAUGGCUGAAAUAGCUUCCACCCAGGUGAGAACCCUGGAGACCCAGCACAUAGCACGAGAGAAAGAGUACCAGUCGCUACGGCAACAGCUGCUGGACUUCCAGGUCCAGAGUGAUGAGAAGACCAUUAUAGGUAAACUGCACCGCCACAUUGUACAGCUGCAGGUGAGUGAGGGGUCAGCUGUGAAGCGGCUGGAAGAGGCCCAGAAGAAAGUGACCAAGCUGGAGGCCCAGAUUCUGAGGAUGGAGCAGAGGGUGGACGACAAGGAUCAGGCAAUCUUCCACACCAGGCAGGAGGCUCAGAGCAAGUCAAGAUACCUGAGGAAAUCUCUGCAGGAAUUAAGAAUCCAAUUUGCUGGUGCAGUACCUCUAACAAAACAAGAGAAAUUCUCCAGAGCUAUGAUGCAGCUACAGCAAGAUAAAAGCAAACUUGAGCAGGAGCUAAAAGAAACCAGAGAACACAAGGAUGAAAUGGAGGACAAGAUAGCAGCGCUGUCACUCCAACAGAACAGCCUACAGGAGCUGAUUGAGACACUGAAAGAUGGGAGGGGGGCGCAGAAGGUGCUGGAGUGGCAUUCAAAGAUUGAUGGCGUCAGACUGGAGGAGCUGCAGCAGAGGAGGAACUGUUCCAAGCUGCACCAGAAGGUGAAAUAUCUAGAGGAGAUUAUCCGUUCCCAUGAAGUGACCAUCAGUGAGUUGGAGGCUGACAAUGUCAGAAUGCUGAAGGACUAUGAAGAAAAACAAAUGAGAUGGGAGCUGAGAGAGACGGAGCUAGAGAGGACAAUACUGACAAUGGAGAAACAUACAGCAGAGAUAGCAGGGGCAGCGUCCAAGUUUGAGCAAGCAAUCGGAGCUUUGCCAAAUGCCAAGCUACCAGUGGCCAACCAACUUGAACAGGCCAUCUCCACCAUCAAAAGCAAUGUCAAGGUCAUCUUAGACACCCAGGCUGAAAACAAAGCUGUCAAAUCUCGCAACCAGGAAUUAGAAAAGCAGCUUAGAGAAUCAGAGCGUGGAGUCCUUGAGCGAGACAAGCUAAUCUCAGAGCUGAGACUUCGUAUGCCAGCAACAGCUGACAGAGAUGACAUCAUUGUGAAGGCCCAGGCUAAGGUGACCCAUGCCAUAAAGAAGGCGGAGACAGACGGGGUGGAUUAUGAAAGCCAGCAGGCCUUGAAGAUUGCACAGAGUACAGUUCUAAGUCUACAGCAAAGAGUAAACCAGAAAGAUGAGACCAUUGCCAAGUACGUUGAGUUACUGAAGCAACGACGGGAGGAUUUGGUGGAGAUGAACCGGCGCCAUGAGGAAGAGUUGCGGGCCAUGCAGCAGAAAAUCCACAUGAAUACAGAUUUAGCUUUCAGUAAAUUUAAAGAUGCUGCAAGGGAGCUCAUUAACAAACAGUCCUCAGUGAGGACAGUCACCACUCAGCAGCUGAACAGAUUGAAUGAACUGGAGGACACCAUGGCAGAACAGGAAAACACAAUCUCAGCCCUGCAUGAAAAACUCAAACAAAGGGAGGCAGAAAUCUUAAAACUACAAGCCAGUCUUCAGAUCUCCAACAAGAACAUUAAAUCAGAGAAAAACAGACUGACAGAGCAGCAGAGUGAGAUAAUUGGGAAGAAGGACAGUGAGAUGGAGGCUGUACAGAGGGAGAACAUGGACCUAAGGAAGGAGAUGAAGCUGCUGCAGGAAGAGGUUGAAGCCCUCAAAGAUUCCAACCAGAGGGGACCAACUGCCACCAUGAAGAACAUGGUGGAGAGGCUGAAGAACCAGCUGGCCCUGAAGGAGAAGCAGCACCAGGCCCUUAGCAAAGCACUAAGUGACCUGCGUGCAGACAUGGUGACCCAAGCACAAGAGAAUAUCCAGGUCCAUGCCCAAGAGUCAGCGCAGGAGAAAAACAUACAGAAAAUCAUCAAUGAACACACCAAGGAAAUCUCUGAACAACUUGAGGAGCAAAUGAAUUUAGCCGACAGACUGAAGAAAGAACUGAAGAAGAAAAAAGAUGAAGAGAGUAUUUUACAAACAGAGCUGGAAGACGUGAAAGAGGAGCUGAACAAGAAGGAAAGGUCAAUAAACAAGUUGAAGGCAACCAAAUCACGGCUUGAGACAGAGGUGGAUGAGAUGGAGAAAAGGUUGGAGAGGAUAACGGCAGCUCGUUCCUUGAAAGCUGGAGAGUUUGAGAAGCAGCAGGAGCUGGAUGACAUGCGACGCAAGUGUCGGGCCUUAGAGGAGCAGUUGUCACGACAACUUGCGGCUGAGAAACCUUAUGAGCAGAAGGAAGAAAAGACUAAACAAGAAGACACCAUCAGAUGGGAGGAGAGCAAAAAGUGGCAGAGGACAAUAGAAAAAAUGAAGAUGAAAAUUAAGGAAAAGGAUGCAGAGAUAGAGAAGUUGAAUGCAACCAUUAGCAGACUUCAGGCAGUUCUAGAAAAAAGCAACCGUGAGAAGGAGAUCCAGGCUCGUCCAUUACAAAAAACAUCAGCCCACUCGCUGGGCGCCGCACCCCCCAGUACUAAACUUGACCAUGAAAGGGAAGAUCUUAAAGCAACACUCUACAAGCAGCAGGAAGAAAUCAGUGCCUUGAAGCGUCAGGCCAUGAUGAGCCAGGACGCCGCCAUGGCAGAGGUCCAGAUGAGGAACCAGCACCUGAGGGAACAGCUGGAGCAGAUGGAGAGGGUCAUGGCUGUCAGACCACCUGACUCUGGUGUGUCAGCUCUGGAAUACCAGAAACUGUUCAGUAAAAACCAGGAACUGCAGCGGGAAGUUCUCAGGUUGUCUGAGGAGAAUAUGGAGCUGAGGUUUGAAGUGGAGGCCUCACGCAAGGAUAUUCCAAGACUCAAGGAAAGAAUUGAAGACUUACAGAGCUAUGUGGAAGCCCUGAAAUUUGAAAAUGGCCAGCUAGCUGGAGACUCAGCUAGAUCAAGUUUGUCCAGUAUCAAAAGGAUUGGGGAGAGUGGCAAGAGCCAGAGAGAGCUGGAGAAGACGAUAGCUCUGCUCAAGAAGGUGGUGGAGAGGGUGCAAGCAGAGAACACAGCCCUGAAGAAAGCUCCAGGUGUUGUCUCGCAUGAGCAGCUCACCUUACUCAAGCGAGAGAAUGAUGGCCUGAAGAAUCAGCUGGAGGAGCUGAGACAGACCAUGGGCUUAGAACUUAGUGACAGAUACACUGCCCAACAAAAGAGCACAGCCAAGCUGGUAGCUGAUUUUGAUAAGAUGAGAAAAGAUCUGGCCAAGGAGAGAGAUGACAAUGAAAAAUUGAGGAUGAAAAUCAGAUCCCUAGAGGUGCAGGGGGAACACCAGGACAAAGAGCUGAGGAGCACCAAAAGCAAGCUGGAGGUUGAGGCAGCCAAGAAGCCAAGUCUAGCCUCACUGGAUUCUCAGGGCUGGAAGUCUGCAGUACAGACCAGGAUGUACGAGGAGAAGAUCAAAAGUAUGGACGCUGAUGUGGACAAAAAGACCAAACAGCUACAGGACAGCAAAGUUUUACUGAGAGAUGCAGCAGAGAGAGAACAACAGCUGAUGAGAGAGAAGGAUGAGCUCCUGCAGAAGAUCUCAAUACUGGAGAGGUUUCCAGCUGGCAGUGGCGCUGUGGACAGCAACUUCAUGAAAGAUUAUCAACAAAGCAGGGUUUGCAUUGAACGGCUUGAAAAUGACAAGAAAGAACUUUUGAAUGAACUACGUAUUGCUAGACAGCAGACGUCACCAGGGUCAGGAGACACCUCACAGAUAACAGAUGACAUUCUAACUAAGGCCAGUAGCUAUGACAAGCUUGCAAGAGAAAAUAUUGACAUUCAUAUGCAGCUAAAAACUGUAGAGUUGGAUAAAGAAAAAUUAAAAAGAGAAGUUGAAAAAUUAAAAAAAGAACUGAACAAUUUUGGUCCAGAAUUUUUUGAUGAAAUCGAAGACCUCAAGUAUAACUACAAACAAAGUGUACAGAAGAAUAUUUUAAUGGAGGAGAAACUCAAGCAAGUAGCGCAGCAAUUUGGUGUGUCCAUCAACAUUCCUGAUGUAUUAUAAUACAAUAAUUUGAUAAACAUAACAUAUUGGCGCUUGAAUUUUAUUACUGUUAGACUUAUUGUAUCCAUAUGCCAGCAUUUUAUUUCCAUUUCUAGUUUACGUAUAUUAUAUUUUAUAUUUGGUUUACUUUUUUCAUCUAUCAGUUUGCUGUUUCUUAUUGAGACUGGCUUUGUUUUCUCUCAUAGUUAAUUCCUUUGUCUAAAUAGUUUUGUUUUUUGCCUACAACUGCCAUUAUUGUCAGUCAUUUUCAAAGGCUAUGAUGUACAUAUAGUUUCAUUCUUUAGACCCCCUUGGAGAUGUUCAUGUUUAUUAUAUUGUUAAAACGCCAUUAACUGAUUGUUGUUUUUUUUUAUAUUAAUCAAAUAGAAUCCAUUGUUUAAAUAGUUACUGUUAAAAUGUCUGAUGAUAUUCACAAAAUUCUGUGAAAGUAGUCUGUGAUAUAUUUCAUGCAUUAUUUGUAUUGUAAUUACUAUAAAAUGUUUGAAAUAUUUAAUAUUAUUGCCUUGAGAUAAGAUAUAAAUGCAUAGACAUACCAAUAGGAAUAGUCACGAAGCUACCGUUUUAAUCUAGUCUAUUUUAUUUGAUAUACAAUAUAUUCAUUCACUGUUCAAUAGUUACUACUGCUUCUAGUUUUCCUUUUUGAAGGACAUAAAAGAAAAAUAUUUUUUAUGUAAAUCUUUUCUCACUUGCCCACUUGAUGUAUUGUUCAGAUUCACUUUCAUUCUGUCUGUGUUUGGCUUGUUCAGUAAACAUGUGGCUUAUGUGACUAUUUAAAUGGCUAUGUAUAAAGAAAAACAUAAUACUUUAUCAAAAUUUAUAAUGCAACAAAUUUUCUGACCAUGAGAGUUAAGAUUACCUUUAAAUUUUUUAAUCAUUUCACAAAAAUCACAUGUAACAUUAUGCCAAAGUAUAUACUUUUCUUUGGACCAUCAGCUUUCUACUAAGUUCAAUUAACUUUUUGGGUAAUGUUCAAACUGAUUUAUUAUUAAUAACAUUAUACUGUUGAGAGAACAGUGUUUAAAAUUUUACUUUUCAUAUUGGAUUUGUUUACCUUCAUUUUCUAACAACUUAUUAGCCAUAUUUUUUUUCAAAAUAUCUGUUAAAUUACAGUUGCGCUGUUCAAUUCUCAUAACACUUGAAAAAUCCGUCCAAAACAUUUACCUCUAAUUCUUUUAUCAGUUUGAAAAGAUUACAUAAACCAUUUCCAUGCAAUUAUAAUCUAUUUCAUUGUCUGUAGUAGAUUUUAAAUCAUUUGUCCACAAUAUUCUGAAAUAAAUAAUU